AUGGCAUUCACUCCAAGCGUGUUCUUCCUCCUUUGUGGGAUCAGUGGACUGAUGACUGGAGCUUGGUCCUCACCAACCAGUAAGAUCAAAGAUAGUUGCUGCCCUGAGGGCUGGACUCAGUUGGAGGAUCACUGUUACAUCUUCCAAGAUGACCUCAGAACUUUUGCAGAUGCAGAGAGCGUUUGCAAAGUUCUUGGUGGGAAUCUGGUCUCCAUCCACAAUUAUGUGGAGAAUCUGGUCGUUGUGGGACUGGCUAAAGAGGGGGGUGCGGAGUUCACCUGGAUUGGACUACAUGAUGCCAUUGCGAAAGGAGACUUUAUUUGGACUGACGGCACAGACUUUGAUUUUGAUAAUUUUGCCGAAGACGAGCCUAACUUCGAUGGCGCCUGUGUUGAGCUCUUUGUGACUAAUGGAACUUUUUUCGAUAAAGACUGCACCGUCCAGCAGUCCUUUGUCUGCAUCAGCGAUACGUUCUUCCGUGGCAGCCACUAAUCAACCCUGUACCAGUAUCUCUUCUGUUGCAAAGUAUACUCCUAAUCAUGAGGACGAUACUCAGAUAAUAUCAAACUUUAGUGGUGUCGUUGUACCUCUGGGUUUACUCAAGUCUUCUUUUCUUCAUCAGUUGUCAAUGCCAACUUCCAGUCACACUCACGAUUGAAAUACUCUCUCUAAUUAAUAAAGG